UCACUCCAUUUCUCAUUUAAGCAGAGCUUCGGUUUUUAGCUUCUCUGCAUCUGGAUUGUUUAUAAAUUUUAUAAUUAGAUUUUUAUUAAAUUAAAUUUUCUCUGUACCUGAAUCUUCUAGUACUCCUUUCGAAUUUUUUUUUUCUUGGGUGGAAUUUCGAAAGUUGGUGGUGUUUGGUUCUGUGGAGCUUUCUGGAUUAAAGGGUUUGAGGUAUUUUGCGCUUCUUGGCUGGAAAUGGAAUUUUAAUGAUGGAAGUUUACCCUUAGAUAAUAAAUGUUUUAUUUUUCUGAUUUUAUAUACUAAUUUAAUCCCCUCAUACAAGUAACAGACUUUUCUUGCCAAAAAAUUUGGUUUUUUUCCUCGUAUAUUUGUUUAUGGGAACACAUUGAUGCGUGAAUUGAGGAGAUAAUUGAGGAGAUUGCGGGAGUGAUUCGGAAACCCCAAUUGCUAGGACUGGCUUCUCGGGGAACGAAGCUUUGUAACGGUCAAAUUGAUUGCUGGUUCAAUUCAACGAGGUACUGAAAUUGUAUUUCUUUACCUGAAAGAGGGAAACUUUUCGUGAAGCUCGAGUUUGGGGGUUCCAAUUUGGCAUAAAAUGGUGGAUUCAAUUGCGACGACCUCCCUUCUUGGCCACCGGCCUGUGUCUCAAGGCUCUCCUUUCAAGGAUGGUUCCCACAGGCGAAGAAUGUUUGACUUAUGUCAGCUCCCUUGUGUAGAUUUUUUGGGUCGACGAAUUACUUACCCUUCUUCAACAACCUCAGGAGGUGAUAGAAUGGUGUCUCCGAUUAAGGCCCUUGCAAUGGAACUAACAAAAGAGGCUUAUUCGCAUUCCCCAAGGGAAGAGAGGAUGUCCGGAGAUUUGAAUUACUGGACUGAUACCAGCACACAACAGAAACCAGGCUUGUGGCCACCCCCAAAUAAGGCAGAUAAUUCGUCAAUACACAACCCGUUGCUACGACAGGAAAGAAUGGGUUGUGGGUGGUUGGGUGCAAUCUUUGAAUGGGAAGGGGUGCUUAUUGAAGAUAAUCCUGAUCUUGAUAAGCAGGCAUGGUUGGUUCUGUCCGAAGAAGAAGGAAAAUCCCCACCCCCAGCUUUCAUACUUAAAAGAAUAGAAGGAAUGAAAAACGAGCAAGCAAUCUCUGAAGUUCUCUGCUGGACGAGAGACCCAGGGCAGCUGAGAAGAAUGGCUUUAAGAAAGGAAGAGAUAUAUCAAGGUUUGCAAGGUGGGAUUUAUAGAUUCCGGACAGGGUCACAAGAAUUUGUUAAUGCUUUGAUGAAUUACAAGAUUCCAAUGGCCUUGGUUUCAACCCGUCCAAGGAAAACUCUUGAGAUUGCAAUUGGAGCAAUUGGAAUUGAAGGUUUUUUCAGUGUGAUUGUUGCAGCAGAGGAUGUUCACAGGGGGAAGCCCGACCCUGAGAUGUUUGUUUAUGCUGCUCAGCUUCUCAACUUCAUACCAGAGCGGUGCAUCAUAUUUGGCAACUCCAAUUCGACUUUGGAGGCUGCCCAUGAUGCUCACAUGAAGUGUGUGGCAGUUGCAAGCAAGCACCCAGUGUAUGAACUUGGAGCUGCAGACUUGGUGGUGAGGUGUCUCGAUGAGCUCUCUAUAGUUGACCUGAAGAACCUGGCUGAUAUUGAAUUGACAGAAUUUGGGUAUGGAGAACCAGAGGUGGAGAUGGAGGUGGAAAAAGAUGAUGACCCAUAUCCACCUACAUCUGUGGCAACUGAUGAUUUCUGGUAAGGAUGAAGAAGAAAAUGUACAGAUAGUUCUUUGUUCUACAUCUGAUUUAUUUGUCUUUUUUUCUGUUUUUUAUAGUGAUCAUGAGUAGGAGAUUAGUCUCCCUUUGCUAUGUAUAUUGGUUGUACUGUGUAUAAAAAAAAACUGGGGAGGAAAAAAUGGGGGGCGGGGCAAAGCAGUGGGUGGUCUACCCAUUUAUCAUGUAUCUACCAUAUAUGCUAUAUCUGUUUCAAACUCAAAACCGUGAUUGGCACAUAAUGCUCUUUCCAUACUUAACAUAAUCUUUUUUUGGGUGGCUAAUUGUAAUAGGAAAAUAUAAGCUCUCACUUA